CCGACUCGCCCGCGAAACUUGCUACGAAGUCGACGGGCGCGGACGUAUCCGCGUAUUAAUAGCCGCGAGCGGACACCGCAAGCGAGCGGUCCCACGACCCGUACGCGGACGACGAGUCGCAUCUCGACCGCGUUGACGGACGCACGUGUAUACGCGCACGCCGCGAACGAAACCCGAAAAGCGAACCGCACAAAUAACAAAAAAAAAAGUUUUCGAAAGCGAGAGCCACGUGCGUAUCGUAAAUACGGAGCGCAAAAAGUGCCGUCAUUGAAACUAGUGAAAAGUUUUUUCACCGCGCGGGGGAGACACCCCUCCGUGCCGGAAAAAAUCGGCCCCUCGCGUCCCCGCCCGCCGAACCUUUCAUUCACCGGGAAAAAAGUGUGGCAAGGCCGCGUGACGUCACAUCUAGUAGCCACGCGUUCAUUCCCUAGCGACGGGUCGCAUCCCGACAGCGCCUCGGGAGACGGCGUGCCGCGAGAUGGUGCCGAGUGAGGGUGCGGUGCGGAUGUGACGAGUGUGGAGUGCGGGCGAUGUAGCGGGCGCGCACGACAUGUGCAGCACGCAGCGCGCGCGGGCGGCGAGGAUGCACCUCCCGGGCGCGUCCAGCGGAGCCGUGUCGCCCGACACCAGCUCCUCGCUGCUCCACGAGACCUACACCAAGAUGACGUCGGACAUCCUCGCGGAGAGGACGCUGGGGGACUUCCUGUCGGAGCACCCGGGCGAGCUGGUGCGGACGGGCAGCCCGCACUUUGUCUGCACCGUGCUGCCGCCGCACUGGCGGUCGAACAAGACUCUACCGGUCGCCUUCAAAGUGGUCGCGCUGGGCGACGUCGGCGACGGCACCCUGGUCACGGUGCGCGCGGGCAACGACGAGAACUGCUGCGCCGAGCUGCGGAACAGCUCCGCGGUCAUGAAGAACCAGGUGGCGAAGUUCAACGACCUGCGGUUCGUCGGCCGUAGUGGUCGCGGCAAGUCCUUCACGCUGACGAUAACAGUGUCGACGUCUCCGCCACAAGUGACGACGUACAACAAAGCGAUCAAAGUCACCGUGGAUGGGCCGCGGGAACCUCGCUCCAAAACCAUGUUGUCUUUGCUAGGGCAGCAGCAGCAGUUCCACUUCGCGUUCGGCCAGCGCCCCUUCCCCUUCCCGCCCGACCCGCUCGGGGGGUUCAGGAUGCCGUCCAUCACUUCUUGUCAAAAUAUGAGUCAGUUCGGGCUGAGCUCGAGCAACUCUCACUGGGGCUAUGGCGGCGCAGGCGCAUACCCCGCCUACCUACCCUCCUGUGCAGCGCCCGCAGCGAGCCAGUUCAACCCACCCGCACUGGGCUUUGCGGGGACCGUGCCUGAUAACACAUCCACGCAGGACUUUACCAAUAACACAGUUCUCCCGGAUACAACAGGCGUCGAUCUGGAUCAACAGCUGUCGGGGCUGGUCGGCUCGUCGCCAUCCCACCACAGCAGUCUCCUGCCCCGGUACAACAACAAUACGGACUACAGCCUAUCAACAGGGCCCAGGUCACUCAGCGACAACAGUUCUCAACCCGAGUCACCAGUGCAAGACGACUUGCUGACUUCGAACACAACAACAAACAUCGGCCACAACCAUUCGAACUCGAACUUUCCUUCACUAAUGGGCUCACAGAACACGUCUUAUGGUAGCAGUAAUUGCAACAAUUCCCUUUAUCCUGUAUUGCCGGCUAGUUUGCUGUACAGCCAGCUGUAUACGGCGGCGAAUCAGACGCACAAUUUCCAUCCAUUACAUUCAAAUUCGAUCCAUUCGACGCAGAACCAUCAUAACGAGUUGCAAACGAUGAUGGAUCAGAUAUCUUCGACGACUAGUAAUCAUAGACAGCAUGGGAGUCACGGGCAGGGAGAUUUGUUGCUAGGCGGUGGCAACUCUUGUGCUGCUGCAGCUGCUAGAGGGGAAGACGGUAGAGUAAAUAGUCUUGGUCAACGAGGUAACCCCCAACCUGACAGUAACACUGUAUGGAGGCCGUAUUGAAUACGUAUUGCGUGGAACUUCCCACAUAUCUAAACCUCUUACAUAAACAAAAGGAAGAGUAACGAUUUGAUCAUUACGAAUUGCGAAUUAUUGUUACUAUAGUCAAUCUAUUCCGAAGUCCGUUAG